GAUAUAAAAAGUAAAGUGAAAUAUAUUUAAUUGCUUUUUUACACAUUUUGAGAAUACGUACAACAAAUUUAAUUGAAUAUGCCUAGUUUAGUUUGGUUUUUGAGACUACGUUCAUUGAUUACAUUAAAGCCGGCUAUCCAUUCAUGGUGAAUACACCAUUUUCGACGACCCCAAACAAAAGCUUUAAUUAAACAGGAAACAGAAUUACAGUGGCAAGAUAAAACAAGAAUUAAUUUAUAAAUAAAACCCUUUACAACAAAUAGCGAAAAUAUGUUGCCCGAAACAGUGACAUUUGCUAUUGGAUUAAUUGUUUAUGGUGCUAUUCUCUUUCUCCUCAUAUACUAUGUUCUGACCCUGGCCGAUUUAGAAUGUGAUUAUUUGAAUGCCCAAGAGUGUUGUAGUCGUUUGAAUUUUUGGGUUAUACCCAAAUUUGGCUCCCAUCUGAUAUUGUGUGUUCUGCUACUGUUGGGUGGCCAUUGGAUAAUGUUCUUUUUGAAUGUACCCAUGGUAACAUGGUUAGGCUAUGAGUUGUACAAACAACCCCGGGAUAGUUUGGGUGUCUACGAUCCCGUUGAUAUCCACAGUCGAGGGCUGCUCAAGGUGCAUUUGAGAAAUACAAUGAUUUAUUUGGGUUACUAUUUUGUUAUGUUCUUUAUAGGCCUGUAUUUCAUGAUUUCCGCCUUGCUCAAAGGUGAUCCCAUCAGACGCCAUGAAGAGGGCGAAAUCAUAACCGACUUCUAGCAUUUGUAAGGAAAUGGAAAUUGUUUGCAGUAUAUUGAAAUGGCCUUUUGUCUUCCCCCCUCUGGCAGAAAACAAUGCACAACUAUAUGAAGAACAACUACAACAAUAUAUCACAGUCCAAAGUUUUCCCCUUCUAGUCUUUAGUUUAGUUUUGUAUUCUUGAAAUACUCAUCAAUUGAAUCUCUUGCAUUUUUUAAUUAAUUUAUUUUUUCGCUAAUUUAUAAUUAAAAAUAAUAUAUAGCGAUUAUGAUAACGAUGCUAAUUAAUGGCAAAUUUUACAUAUUUCUAUGUAAAAAAAGAAGAAAAACAAAAUAAAGAACUAAAUUUUUUAAUUCAA